AGCUAGACUGAAUCAUCAGAUUGGGAAGAAACACCCGGAUUAAAAACUGGAAAGUUGAGUUCAGCAGAGCGCGUAACAACAUGUGGAGAGCUGCCUUUUUCAACAGGUGUCUGUAAGAAAUGUUCUUCUCUCAGAGCAUUUUCACGCAUUUUAAACCCGAACGUCGCUAGAAUAAUGGAAAUACUUAGUUUUUCUCUCAACAUGUAGUAGAUCUUAAAAUAAUACAAAAACGCAAUAAACUGGAUUGAUUUUUUUUUGUGUGCGCUCCCGUGAGGACUUGCGCUUGGAGAUACGUUCACUUAUCUGGAUAUAAUACAUAAACAUUGUGUUUAAUGAUGUCGAUUCCUUUUUUUUUUUUUUUUUUUUUUUUUUGUACUUCAAAUGAAUUAAGCGAUAUAUCUCAGGUGUUGAUUCUGAACGCAGAGUGAUUUCGUUUUUCUGCGCUGGAUCUCCACCACCUGAUCUUCUUUUAGCCCAUGAGGGUCUCCUCUUCUCCAACAUCUCCUGACUGACAUCUGUGAUCGAUUGGAUUGAUUGGGAAUACAAGUAGCUCUUGAGAUGGACGCUCACUUGGUAUAUUAAUAAUGACCGUCACAUUGAGAUCGCCAAACUGAUAACUUUGGCUCAGCUGAAAGGCUGAGCUGGUGGACGAUGAAGACAGUUUCAUAUAUUCUUGCUGCGUUGAUCAUCUUGAACUCAGCAGCCUGUGUAAGUGGAGAACUAGAAAAAUUUCUAGAGCCCUCUGAGUCCCCCUGGCCUCUGCAGUCUGUGGCAGAGGAGGAAACGCGUUUACCCUGUCGAUUCAAUGUAUCCAAUAGUGCGAUUAAGGUGGUGCAGGUGACGUGGAUACGAGAAAACUCAAAUGGAGGGGAAGAACAGCUUAUCACUGCUCAUUUCAGUGAAGGCCAGACAGAAAACCCUGCAUACUCGGGGCAUGUUCGAUUUGCAACCAGCGACCCAAUAACAGACUCUGCUCUGAUUAUUAUGGGCACACGUUCUGCAGAUGAGGGCAAAUACAUCUGCAAAGUUGCCACCUUCCCCACUGGAAACUUUGAGACUGAGAUUUUGGUCACAGUGUGGACUAAACCCAUUACAUCCCUGCAGCCGUUCAUCUUGAUUGAGGGCCAGUCAUUCCGUCCGGCUGCUAUAUGCCGUUCGGUGGCUAAGCCAAUGGCAGGCCUCUCCUGGGACACAGAGCUCGCGGGUCAGAGUCAGAACCGUAGCUUAGAUGGUGAGGUGGCCUCUAUCCAGUUUUCUCUCCACCCUCUCCGUAACAUGAAUGGGCAGAAGCUGGACUGUCUGGUCUGGCAUCCAACGAAGAAAGGCCCAGAGAGGAUCUCCAAUAACCUUAUAGUACACUACCCUCCGAAUGCAUUGAUAUCUGGCUAUGAGGACGACUGGUAUGCUGAAAUGCAAGGAGCCACAUUACACUGCAGUGGUCAAGGAAAUCCAGAACCUCAGCAAUUCAGCUGGAUCAGGAAAGGUGAAGCUCUACCAGAGGGUGUGACUGUGGACGGUGGCACGCUGCUUUUUUCCAGGCCCCUGAGCUUGACAGAUCAAGGAGUUUAUGUCUGCACCACCACCAAUCUGGUGGGAUCUGGAAAAGCUGAGAUCCUAAUAAAUAUAUCAGAGUCACCUCCGAGUAACGCACCUGUGAACUACAUGCUGAUUAUUAUUAUUGCUGGUGUUGCUGCAGUGCUUGUUAUCACUCUUAUCAUAGUGAUCAUUUCAGUAAACCGCUACUAUAAGCGCAAAAAUCACCAGCUGGCUAUAGAGCUGGAUGCAAAAAAGGAGGAAAUCAGCACUCUAUCAAGACAAGCCUCGUUUAGGAGAGUCAACUCAGGAAGCACAGACAACAGAUACUCGGACGACAAUAAUCCUUUAAGAGUCGAAGGGACAAUACGCACAAGUCUCUCCUCACUGGAUCGUCCUCGCUCCAGGGAUAGUCGUUCCACCCUGGGAGGGCUGGACUCACUUGGUCGCCCUGCAAUUUAUAACACGUCCAGAAGAGGUCGAGAAAAACUCAUGGACAGAAAUGAUAGAGAAUCCACUCGGAUGAUGAUGGAGUCUUAUGAGCUGGACAGUAACAUGUCACAGGAAACCCAUCUUCUCCCGCCUCUCCACCCCUCUUCUUAUUCAAUGGAACAGGCUAUUGAAAUUGUCCGGUCUCGGAACGGCAGCGCCAUUCUCCCAGCAGAGGGGAGGCCGCAGUCAGGAGGAAGUAACAGAGGGGGCAGCAGAGGGCAUAAUUCACCCUUAAUAUCCACAUACCCGACUCUUACAGAUGAGGAGGAAGAAGGUUCUGUGAGCCCUACGGAUUCAGGAGUCCACAGAGGUUUAAUGGAGCCUGACGGUUUUGAAAACGGCGGCAGCGAGACGGCGAGUUCACAGAUAUCUGAGGCACUAUCCAGUCAUUUUGAGCGCACUAACGGCACACUGCGGCCCAAGUCGAAACCCAAUAACAUCCUUCUCCCAGCCCACACAUCACUUUUCCUUCAAGCACAUAGCCCAACUAUCCACAGAGCUCAGAUUGUUUAAAAGGAUUUGUUUGGAAACGUCUUUUAUCACAAGACAAAUUCAUCGAAAAGCCACAUAAACACAGUUGAUAUUACAACAGAAGAAUGUGUUCCUCUGUGAUUUCACUCUCUAAAAGGCUGUGUCUGCACAACUAACCGGAAAAUGGAUCUUUUGUUUGAACUUCUAUUUGAAUACUUUCUCAAGGUGGCAAAAACAUGGACAGAAUGGCCAUCAUCUAAACUAAAACCUGUGAAACAAUACCAGCAUUACUCAAACAGUCCCUUAAAUAAUUGCAUAAUCCACUGUGUAUUCUGGAACUGGGACUCUUGAGUAUUGUGGGUCAUGACAUGUGUUUAAGGUGCAGAUUAACUGGAAUCGGUCAGAGCUGAGCUCCUCUGUGUGACCAGGGAAUGGAAUUAAGAUCUUUUUUAUUAUUGUUGCAACCUAAGGCUUCACUUGAAUUACUGUUGAUGGAGAAAAUACAUGAACUCUUUUCUGGCGAGUUAAUCCUUCACUGUGACUUUUUGACCUUGAUGUCUGUAAUCCAGAGAUGUACAAAUGGUGUUUAGACAUAUUUUUUGAAUAUAUGUGUGUAUUAUGUAUUUUGACUGGAAACUACCCACUGCAUGAAUAGUAUUAUGAAGUAUGGCAUUACUAUGUUAUGAAAACGGCUCCUGCCUGUUCACAUAAUGUCAUUGUCGUUGUAGGAGUGACAUUGUCAUUGUUUACAACAUUUAUACUUCAUUAUGUACUAGUACUGUAAAUGUAUUUAGUUUUAAAAAGGUAGCAUUACCGCAAGCUCCUGAUAUAGGUACUCCUGUGAUCUUUCUAUCUAACAAAAUAUAAAGCCAUGGGUCCUGAUGGUAA